AGGGAGGAGGGGAUAGGCAGUGACACUACUCUGUCCUACGAGAUCAGACAGUCAACGGUAGGAAUCCAUAGUGAAGGGACCUCUUGGACACGGCAGAAGCAAUGAUCUGAUCACCCAGAGAUAUGUGGACCAAAUUAAACUUUUGUCUGAGCGCUUUAAAUGGCUCCAAAAGAGGAAGAACAAUGGAUGCAGACGAUAUCUAAGUGCUUGUUGACUGUGUGAGUUUUGGCUCGUGCUGGCCAGAUGGCUGAGGUUAAAGUGAUGGUGCAGGUUGAUCCAAACCUGGGCUCUGGUCCAGAUGAGGAUGCUUCCGAGCUGUCAGUUUCAGAGAAUGAUUCAGAUUCAGGGAGCGUGCUGUCAGAUGACUCGGUGCUCCCUGACUAUGAACGGGAAGAGGCCAGCGGAGGCCCUGCUAACACCUUGUACCAAGCCUGUGCCAAGAACAAUACUGCAGUCCUCCGCAGAGUUCUGGAAAGGGGUGUCACAAGAGAUGAAGUCAUGGACCUAGACAUAAAUGGAAGGAACUGUCUGAUGUUGGCAAUCUCAAAAGGUUUUGUGGAUAUUGUGUAUGGACUGAACCAGUGCCCGUUUCUGGAUAUCAAUCACCAGGAUAAUGAUGGCAACACUGCACUCAUGAUCGCGGCACAAGCUGGUUUUGUCAUCAUUCUUACCUACAUCCUUAACUACUUCUCUGGAGUGGACAUGGAGGUCAGGGACAACCGAGGCUUCACUGCACUCCUCAAAGCGGCCAUGCAGGGCAGCGAUGACUGUGUGGCCUCAUUGGUCAUGGCUGGGGCAGACAUUAAUGUAGUGGAUGCCACACGGGGGAAGGAUAUGAAAGAAUGGGCCCUGAAGACAGGUCGAUUUAACACAUUAAACAGGCUUAGACGACUGAACAGCAGAUCACGUGCAGAACAAUUCUGUGAGACUUAUGUCCCUGAGUGGCCAGAACUGAAGGAACUUGUUGCCAAAGCCACGGCCACAAAAAACACAGGGAAGAAAGUCGCCCAUCGCCUGAAAUCAACCUUCACUUUCAGAUUUCCACAUGACCCCCCGGACAAUGGCGUCAUGGACUGUAUGGUGCGUAUCACCACAAGCAUCCACAGUCCUUUGGUUGUCACAGGAUGUCGUCCUCUGUGCCCCACCAGUCCGCCGGAGAUUGGCAGGAGACGUCUGCCUGUGCCUGAUUUGAUGCAGAUGCACCCAGAAAAUGACCUGACGAUACAUGCGAUCCAGCACAGCAACGGCUCUAUCCCUGCCUCAACCACCUCCGCCUCUUCUUCGUCGCUGGCCUCGUGCUGCUCUGACUCAGUGCGGAGAGGCAGCAUGAUAUCUUUGGCCUCCAAUGGCCUCCUCAAGUUUGUCCCACGCAUGGCACGACUCAAUAGCGUGUUCCCUGCUGGCUGCAUCCCCCAAAUCAAAGUAACAAAGUCUGGGGAACCAACAACAAAGAAGGAGAAGAAGAAGAAAUCCAAAGGUCACUUAGAGCCACCAGUAUGGAAGUACAAGGAAGCUAAAGAAGAGAAGAAGAAAGAGAAAAAGCGGUUGGAAAAUGAAAAGGCAGAUAAAGAACAGAGUGUUAAGAAGUCUAAGAAGAGUCAAAAUAAGUGAACUGCCAACAGAUUAUUGCCAUGAUAUGACAGCUUGCAGACUCAUAUGGCAUCCAUGUAGAUCUUUCAGACCUUGUCCUAGGAGUUUAAAAGGAAGGGACAAUGUCAUGUGAGUGUGGAUGGAUAUUGUACUCACUGUUGUUUUUCAUCAUUGCAAGUAAUGGCAUGACAAGGCAGCAAAAAGCACUAUUAGCUCAUAAUGCUUGAUGCAUGCGAUGACAACAUUGUUUGUUUUACAGGACAACCUUUACAAGUUUUGUUUUUUUCUAAACUAAAUCUAUGCCUCUGUACAUCCAAUUACUUAUUUUAAUGUGAUUUAUCAAGGAAAUAUUACUCAGGGAAAACAGAAACAUCUUUUUACUGUACAGUAUUGUUGCGGGUACUAAAUCGACUAAGCAAAAUCUGUCACAUAUCUAUGCAAAUAAGAAUGAACUCACGAUAAGACAAAAAUAUAUUAUACAUUCCCCUAUAGAGUACCUUUGCACUGGCCAAAAUGUUAUACUGUAUGUUUGUUAGUCUGUAUUAUAUUUAGGUUGCAUAAACAAAUGAAGUGGAAAUAUUUAUUAACGUAUUGUUUAUACGAAGGGCUAUGAUGAUUUUGAUUUUUGUAAGUCAGGUUCUAUAUUAUCACUGAUGAUUUAGAUAGUAAACCAAUCACUAUAAGCUUGUUAAAGCAAGGCUAUAAUUGGAGCCGUAAGGUUGAAAUACAAAAUAGGACUUGUGGUUUAGCAAAGUAUUUGCUUACUCAUUAUGUCCUUACGUAACUGGUAAGAUCUUUAGCUUGACAGAAGGUGAGGUAUUUCAAAAAUAACCUUUGCAAGUUAUUUGCAGAACUUUUUCUUGUCCCGUGAAUUUUAGUGAUUAAGCAUUUUCAAUUCUGGUUGUGCAGGAGUUUUACUUAAACAACACUUAGUGAAAUGUCUCACUUGUUUUUAAAUCUUUAAAUCAGAAGGUAUGAAUAGCUAAAUGUCUGAAAUUAGUUUUGUAGAAAAUGAUAUGCAAGUGACCCUAAAGAUAAAACCCAAAUGAAAUUGUAUAAAG